AUGAGAUAUCGAAAAACUGCCACAUACAAUCCCACAAUUUAUGAUCUAGGCGGGCAUGGUGGUGGAAUUAAAGGAACCAAAGGUCAAAUUCCAUCCGGUUCGCCCCUUUCUUUGACUAGUGCUGCCACGCAAACAUAUGGCUACCAAGUUUUCCAAGGUGGAAAAGGAGAAGACGGUAAAUCUACAGCUGGAAGCGGCGGUGGUGGGUACUAUGGUGGGCGUGGUGGAUCUGUUUAUCUUGUGGAUGCGGCUGAAUAUACUUCGGGUGGAAGCGGAGGUAGCUCUUUUAUUAGCGGCCACCCAGGCUGCAUUGCGAUGAAUUCUCAAGGAAGCUCAUUAGGAACUAGCAUCCAUCCUUCUGGAUUCUUCUUCGAAAAUACUAUAACAAUCCAGGGAAAUUCCGAAAUCCCAUCACCAACUUCAAUCAACAGUGUUGAAGAUGUCGGACAUGUGGGAAAUGGUUAUGUACGAAUUACUGUUCUUGGCUCUAUUUGUUUUAGAUCUUGCAAUAUUGCUGUUUUUAACAUAAGACAUUUUCUCCUCAUCCUUGAAUUUAUGUUCAUUUGUUAG